GUGGGAGAGUGAAAAUUUGUUAUUUACCGGUGACCUCUAGUUUCUAAAUUUUGUGAAGAAUUUUGUCUAUGUCGUGAAUUUUGGCCUCUUGGCCGAAGGAAUAACUAGGCAACAAUGUUCCGGUCGGUGUUAAGGCUUCCUUGCAGAGUGACUAGAACGGCACAGCGGGCUGUGAAACGCCAUGUCGCCAAUUCUUCUGUGAUCGCAAUUGUGAACAUCACACAGCCACGCAUUUUGGGAUGUAAAAAUGUGCAGUCAAGGAUUUUGCAAAAUGUCUCUGUUCAGAUCCAAAGAUUGUAUUCAAAUGGAACCUUGCCAGAUCAUUUACGAAUUGCUCUACCAGCCCUCUCUCCUACAAUGGAAAUGGGUACUAUCGUUAACUGGGAAAAGAAGGAAGGUGAUCAGCUAAACGAAGGUGACUUGCUAUGUGAAAUCGAAACAGACAAGGCUACAAUGGGAUUUGAGACUCCAGAAGAAGGCUAUCUGGCCAAGGUCGUGAUCCCUGCUGGCACCAAGGAUGUACCGCUUGGCAAGCUUUUAUGCAUCAUCGUUGAAUCUGAAGAAGACGUGGCAGCUUUUAAGGACUUUGUUGACGACGGUAAGACAGAUGCGCCUCCUCCUCAAGCACCACCAGCACCACCAGCAGCAGCAGCACCGCCGAUGCCUCCAGCACCCGCUGCACCUGUGCAACCCUUGCCGCCGCAGACACAACCUCCAUUUCAACCAGCCCAACAAGUACCAAUCACCGUAACAAGUGCCCCAGGAAGAAGAAUACUAGCUUCACCUUAUGCUAAAACGCUAGCUGCAGAGCGAGGGAUUGAUCUAGCACAAGUACAAGCAACAAUGGAGGACGGUGUCAUCAGGGCUUCGGAUGUCGAGAGGUUUAUGUCAACUGGACCCGCUGCAGUGCCGCCCCCAGCAAUGGCUGCACCUGCUAUCUCGCAAGUACCGGGGGCAGCAUACGUUGAUCUGCCACUGACAAGCAUGCGUCAGGUUAUUGCAAAGAGACUACUGGAAUCUAAGCAAACAAUUCCCCACUACUAUUUAUCAAUUGAUGUGGAAAUGGAUAACAUAUUUAAGUUGCGACAGGAACUCAAUGGAAUGCUUGAGAAGGAAAAUAUAAAACUGUCUGUAAAUGACUUCAUUAUUAAGGCUUCUGCGCUUGCAUGUAGAAAAGUGCCCCAAGCUAACUCAGCAUGGAUGGAGUCGUUUGUUAGGCAAUAUAAUAGUGUAGAUAUAAACGUAGCUGUGAGUACAGAGGGAGGACUCAUCACACCUAUUGUGUUUAAUGCCGAUAAGAAGGGUUUGGUGUCAGUGUGCUCAGAAGUGGCCAGUCUUGCAACAAAAGCACGAGAGGGUAAGCUGCAGCCACAGGAGUUUCAGGGAGGAACUUUCACGAUCUCUAACCUCGGCAUGUUUGGAAUCAAGAAUUUCUCAGCUGUCAUCAAUCCACCACAGGCAUGCAUCCUGGCUGUAGGAGCAUCUCAGAAAAGACUCGUCCCAGAUGAAUCUUGCGAAAAUGGCCACCGCAGCGCGCUGGUGAUGAGUGUGACACUAAGCUGUGAUCACAGAGUUGUCGACGGGGCAGUGGGCGCGCAGUGGCUCGCAGAGUUCCGCAAGUAUCUAGAGAAACCGGAGACCAUGCUGCUUUAACAUUAUGCCGGGUCUCCUACUGCUGAUGCACAACGAUGUGCAGGAUGAGCUGAACACAGAUUGUCUCCUCUAUCCCGGUGUGUUCCCAACGAGGUUCAUCGCCAAAGAGUAUGAUUUGGACAUGUUCCCUUUCAUGGUAUGUGUCGAUAAUAGCUUCGAAUUUGGCUUGCUUUUGCUAUAUGUUGUCACUAGUCUGUAAAUAUCCAGAUAGUUCUGUUAUUGGUUUCGGAUGAAUUCCAUUUGUGUAGGCUUGAAUAGGGGUUUGCCUUAGGUACAUCAUUGUAAUAACAGACAUCGCUUAUGUUAACUAGCUUCUUCUAUCGUUAGACCGGUGGUGCAGCUUGUUUAUAAGGGUUUGUAAACAAAAAGUGUAGACAAGCUUUUUGUAUUUUUGGCAGUACUGAAAUGGUUUUUGUUAUCUAAAAGAAUGCUAGGUGAUAACUUUGUUUAUCGUAAAUAAAUUGGACUUGAAUAGUCGGCUAAUAGUGAGAAGACAUCCAGAGGAAUCUCAUCAGAUGAAACAAGGUGUUAGCAUUCACUCUUGCAACUGUAGAUGAUCAGUUAAUCCAAUAUAGUCACUACCAACAAAAUAUACAGAUGUAUCACACUAUCAAUUACACUUUAUCAAUAUAGCUGGUGUGGGUAUUAGACGCUUUUGUGACAUAUUUUGUGCAUAAUUAAUUUUAUAGGCAUGAAUUUCACAAUAUGACAACCUUUGGCUCAUAAAAGGCACAUAAUUACGUGAAUAGAGAUCCGGAUUAGUUGUGGAAUCAACAUCAUCUGUUUUAAUUGCUUAUCAACAACAAAAUAAAAACAAACAACAAAUAUGGAAAGCAUUUGGUGUUGAAUAUGAGGUGUGCUUGAAUUGUUUCCGACUUUAAUCCUGUGUGUAUUCACUAUUAAGAUCAAAGAGACUUGCACUUUUCGGAGUAUGUUCAGGAUCUAUAAAAAGAUGCUAGUAGAUAGCCAUAUCAUCGCAGCUAUUUGGAUUGUAGAAUAUAUGAUGUUAAUUGUACUAUAGUUAGAGCACUGCUGUUAUUACAUCUAUAGUUUUAAACUAGACCAAUAAAAAGAGGUAACCCAUCACAUA